GGGAUGGUGCGGAAGUUGCUGUGGGAGACUCUCCAUCGCGGUUGCCCUGCACAACCAGAAAGACGGUCGCUCCACCUGCUGUAAACACAUAAAGCUCCCGGCCUGGACGACGAACUCCAGACUCGAUUCUUUUCCUCAUCAUAACCCUUCUACUCUCUCUCCUCAUCCGCAUACCCUCACUCUCCCUCUCUCUCGCUCGCGCCGUCUAGGCAUUCCUACCCAGCACUCAUACAGCCAUUCCGCAAGCAAAUACUUCAGGUCCAUUAGAUCUCAUCGCUGCUAUAGCCUCUCGAGGAUACACAGCCAUCUGGUCGCCCCACCGACUUCCUAUUUCUUUGCGAAGGCAAUCUUCGAUCACAUCGAACACAAACCGUUGAUACUAACCCAUCCCCAAUCCAGGAACCAUUAGCUUGAGUCUCUUGGAGCUUGUUCGAUUUAUCGGAGCUCUAUCUCAAUCCUUACUCCCUCGGCACAUUCGGUUGUUCCUCGUCGGAGUUUAUCAUUUUCACAUCUCGUUACCCGAUACAGAUACGCAGUCAGUCAGUAUGGCUUCACCUGCUGUGUCCACACCCCUCAAGUCCCACAAGGGACUCUUCUCUGCCCGUACCGCUGGCGGACGGAUGCCCCUCACGCCCUCCCCCCGUCAACGGACCAGUGCUGUCAAUGUUGAAACGUCUCCCUUCACGCCCGACCGGCAAUCGUCCAGUUACGAGGGAUGCCGCCCAGCCAAGUCGGUGUAUGGAGGAAAUCUGGCUGCCCAUCUAGCCAAGUCGACCGCCAAGGGCACUCGUCGCGAUUCGCCCAAGUCCAAGUCAAACAUUGCCCGCGUGGUUUCCACUCCCCGCAAGGCGCUGGAGCUCGGUGUCUCCGAUUUCGCUCUCGUCGGGACGGGUCAUACCAAGACGCCUCCGAGCGUCAAGUCCAAGAAGGGCUCUCUGAGGCAGAAGACCACCAUCACCUACGCUGCUGACCGGUUCAUCCCGAACCGGAGCAACAGCUCCGCCAUCUCCAACUCGGGUUCUGGAAAGCUCGACGUUCAAGACAAGAAGAGACCCAAGAGCGGUGACGGCUCUAACGUUUUGUCUUCUGCUACUAAUGAUGCCAUCGCUGCCUUGGAGUGUUUGAACAUCGACGAAGACGAGGCUGCCAACUAUUCCCGACCAUCUCCCAACACGGUCGCGUACCAAGAUUCCCUAGCUAGCGCCUGUGGCGUCAAUCUCGGCACUCGCAUUCUCCAGUUCAAGCCGGCGCCGCCCGAGUCUUCUAAGCCCAUCGACCUUCGCCAACAAUACAACCGACCUCUCAAGGCUGCCAAUGCCGGCUCUGCUCAGUUCCGGCGUCGCAUCGCGACCGCCCCCGAGCGCGUCCUGGACGCUCCUGGCCUGAUCGACGACUACUACUUGAACCUGCUCGACUGGAGCUCGGGCAACCAAGUUGCCAUCGGUUUGGAGCGCAACGUCUACGUUUGGUCCGCGGACGAAGGCUCUGUCAGCUGUUUACUGGAGACGAGCCCGGAUACUUAUGUUAGCAGCGUGAAGUGGUCCGGCGACGGCGCCUAUGUCGGUGUGGGUCUCGGAACCGGCGAGGUGCAGAUCUGGGACGUCUCGGAAGGCACCAAGGUGCGCAGCAUGUUCGGCCACGACACGCGCGUUGGCGUGAUGGGCUGGAACAAGCAUCUCCUGUCCACUGGUGCCCGAAGCGGCCUCGUCUAUAACCACGAUGUUCGCAUCGCCGAGCACAAGGUUGCCGAGCUCGUCUCCCACACGUCCGAGGUCUGCGGCCUGGAGUGGCGAUCGGACGGCGCGCAGCUGGCUACCGGCGGCAACGACAACCUGGUCUCGAUCUGGGACGCCCGGUCGCUGGCCGUGCCCAAGUUCACCAAGACGAACCACAAGGCCGCCGUCAAGGCGCUGGCCUGGUGCCCCUGGAACGUCAACCUGCUGGCCACGGGCGGCGGCUCCUACGACCGUCACAUCCACUUCUGGAACACCACGUCCGGCGCCCGGGUGAACAGCAUCGACACGGGCUCGCAGGUCACCAGCCUCCGCUGGAGCACCAGCUAUCGAGAGAUCGUCAGCUCGAGCGGCUUCCCCGACAACUCGCUCAGCAUCUGGAGCUACCCGACGCUGGUCCGCAACGUCGAGAUCCCCGCCCACGAGAGCCGCGUUCUCCACAGCUGCCUGAGCCCCGACGGGCAGAUGCUCGCAACUGCAGCUGCCGACGAGAGCUUGAAGUUCUGGAAGGUGUUUGAGAAGAAGGCGGGCGCGUCGGCCGGCGUCGGGGCCAGCGGCGCUUCGACCAAGGCCCAGAUGGCCAAGCAGAUGACGAUUCGCUGAGGGCACUCCGUGACGCGAAGGCGUGCAACGGACGUCAGGACCGUGUCCAACAACAGUAGGUAUCGCUAUUUCCUUCUGGCAUGUCUGGCGCUGUGGCUAGGGUGCAUAUCCCUUUUCAGCGCGGCGUUCAGGGGUUCGUGGUGGCGAAGCAUUUGCGAAGGUCACGUACAGUCCGGAUACGGCUCGGUCACGAAGCUACGAUACGGGUCACGCCCGCUGCCGAAAAGGCGCGGUUCACUAGAGAGAAGAGAGGGGGUCGGCGCGUAUGUACGCGUGUGGGGGGUUCUUUUUUUGGGUGGUUACAUUGUAUUUUUAUUAGGCGCGGGAAUAUCCAUUGUAUGCCGGCUGUGGUAGUAGACUUGGGUGCGUGAUAGUCGUAGUUAGGUAGUAGUGUCCGGCUUAUCAUAAUAAUGAUGGGAGGUUGACGCCGGGA